CAUUGAUUUCUUCUUCUUCGCCAAAUCUUCCUCCAUCAAAGCCCUCAAAUCUUCACUAAUUUGCCCCCAUUUUCUUCCCCCUUCUGUCUUCACUAAUUCGUCACGAACCCAGGCGUGACUUGGGUUCAUCGCGCCUGAGUUCAUCUUGGGUUCGCGACGAACCCAAAGCACGCCUGGGUGGUUCUGGGUGGUUCGUCCUGGGUUCUUCGCAAACCCAGGAUGAACCCAGCUCGCAAGACUAGGCUGUCAAAAAACCCAGCUUGCGCCUGGGUUCAUCGCAAACCCAGGCGCAAGCUGGGUUCUCAAUCUCUGCCAAAUCGACAGCGCCGAGGCCCAAGGCCACGCCACUGUUUUCGUCGCCAAGUUUUUUGGCCACUCUAGCCUCAUCUCUUUCCUUUCCAUCAUUCCGGAAUCUCAGCGUCCUGGUGUGUCCUUUUUUUGAUUAUUAUUAUUUUCUCACAUUUCUCGGAUUGGAUUUGGAUUUUUCAAAUUUGUGCUCAAUUGCUUGUGUCGUGUGUUGUGUUGUGUUUGUGUUUCAACGUUGUUUCAAUCCUUGCUGUUUGAAGCGUGCGGAAGGAUGGUGAAUCCGGUGAACGACGCGGUAGGGCUGCUGUGGAUGGGGAACUGGCAUGUGUGCCAGAUGGCGGUGGAGACUGUUCUCCUUGGCGGAACCCUCUGGCCAUUGUCGGAGUUGAUGGUUUCUCCACCAGCAUCCGAUGAAACUUUGGAAGCAACCUGGGAAAGAUUGAGAACCCAGCUCGCGCUUGGGUUUGUGACGAACCCAGGCGCAAGCUGGAGUGAGCUGGAUCCCGACAUCCCGAUCCCAAUUAAGUGGGGUUCGAAAGCCUCGUAUCCCGCUGCAAAGGAACUUGAAUUCAAGGCAUUUGUUAAAUCAGAUGGCCAUGAUGCAGACUAUCUUCUUCCUUCGUGGGUUAAUGACCCAAAUGAUGAUUGCUGUAAAUGGGAGAGGGUCGUUUGCAACUCCACGACGGGCCGUGCAGUAAACCUCUCCCUCGACAACAUCAGGCAGUUUGACUUACAUUCUCCUAGUUUAUAUCACGAGAAAAACAUGUGGUAUUUAAACACCACCUUGUUUCACCCAUUUAAGGAGUUAAGAAGUCUCAACUUAUGCGGCAAUGGAAUUGCUGGUUGGAUUCCAGACGAAGAAUCAUUAGUUUUUCAAAACUUGUCAGUGUUGGAUUUACAAUUUAACAAUGUAAGUGGUCCGCCACCAUCAGCAGCACAAGUUCAAGCUACAAGGGAAGCAGUUUCUUCUUAUCUGCUACUGCCAGAAUCUACUUAUGAUGUUCGAAAAUGUGAAGGAAAUAUUACAAUUGGAAGUGCUUGUAAUGAAAUGUGUUGCAGGGACGAGUGCAUAAAGAAAUAUAAAUUAUCCGCCGAACAAAUAGACAACCUUAUGGCCACCAUCGACAACGAAAACCAUAAAUGUUAUUGUGAUUUUUUAAGCACUGAUUCUUGUCCGACGACGACUGUUGAGCUUUUGUCUGAAUUGGCUGAUUUGGUCAGGAAUGCAUAAAGAAUAGAAAUCGUCCAAGGGGCAGGACGUGCAUAAAAAAGCAAUGUUGCUACUCUUUUGUUACUUAGAUGUACUUGUAACGAAUAA